GCGAUUUCCCGCCUCUUCUGAGGUUCGAAGGCAGAAGCUCUUGAUUCUUUUUGCUGCCUGGCGGAGGGCAGGCAGCAGUUCGCGUGGACAGCGGGCCUGCGGCUUCCCGCUGGUUCUUUAAAGAUAAUUACAACUGGAAGACAGAAAAUGGAGAAGCAAAAGCCCUUUAAAUUGUUUGUACCACCGAGAUUAAGUAGCAGUCAAGUGUCUGCAGUGAAACCUCAGACCUUGGGAGGAGAUUCUAAUUUCUUCCAGAAUUUCAACAAAUGUAUUGAAGAUGAUUUUGGUUUUCCAUUUGCCAUGACUAAUCUCUCCAAAAAUGGGGAAAACAUUGAUUCAGAUCCUGCUUUACGAAAAGUUAACUUUUUGCCCAUGCUUGAACAGGUUGAUAAUUCUGACAGUUGUCACUACCAGGAAGGACUAAAAGACUCUGAUUAUGAGAAUUCUGAGCCAAUGAGCAGACUAUAUUCAAAACUGUAUAAGGAGGCAGAAAAGAUCAAGAAGUGGAAAGUGAAUGUAGAAUCUGAACUGAAGCAAAAAGAAAAUAAGUUGCAAGAGAAUAGAAAGAUAAUUGAAGCACAGCGGAAAGCCAUUCAGGAACUGCAGUUUGAAAAUGAAAAAGUAAGUUUGAAAUUAGAAGAAGGAAUUCAAGAAAAUAAAGAUUUAAUAAAAGAGAAUAACGCUACAAGGCAUUUAUGUAAUCUACUCAAAGAAACUUGUGCCAGAUCUGCAGACAAGACAAAAAAAUAUGAAUAUGAACGGGAAGAAACUAGGCAAGUUUAUGUGGAUCUGAAUAAUAACAUUGAGAAAAUGAUAAUAGCUUUUGAGGAACUUCGUGUGCAAGCUGAGAAUUCCAGAUUGGAAAUGCAUUUUAAAUUAAAGGAAGAUUAUGAAAAAAUCCAACACCUUGAAGAAGAAUACACGAAGGAAGUAAAUGACAAGGAAAAGCAGGUAUCACUGCUGUUGAUUCAGAGCACUGAAAAAGAAGAUAAGAUGAAAAAUUUAACAUUUCUGCUAGAGGAAUCCAGAGAUAAAAUUAAUCGAUUAGAGGAAAAGACAAAAUUACAGAAUGAAAAUUUAAAAGAAUCAAAUGAGAAGCAGGAUCAUUUGACGUCAGAACUGGAAGAUAUUAAAAUGUCUUUGCAAAGAAGUAUGAGUACUCAGAAGGCUUUAGAGGAAGAUUUACAGAUAGCAACCAAAAAAAUACAUCAGCUCACUGGAGAAAAAGAAGCUCAAAUGGAAGAAUUUAAUAAAGCUAAAGCUGCUCAUUCAUUUGUGGUUACUGAACUUAAAAGUACUAUCUGCAACUUAAAAGAAUUGUUGACAACAGAACAGCAAAGAUUGGAAAAAAGUGAAGAUCAAUUGAAAAUACUUACUGCGGAGCUUCAGAAGAAAUCAAGUGAAUUGGAAGAGAUGACUAAACUUGAAAAUAACAAAGAAGUAGAAGUUGAAGAAUUGAAAAAAAUCUUGGCAGAAAACCAAAAGGUUUUAGAUGAAAAGAAACAAUUUGAGAAGAUUGCUGAAGAAUUAAAAGGAACAAAACAAGAACUAACUGGUCUUCUCCAAACCAGAGAGAAAAAAGUACAUGAUUUGGAAAUAGAAUUAACUGCUAUUGCGACAAGUGAACAACAUUAUUCAAAACAGGUUAAAGAGCUGAAAGUUGAGCUUGAAAAUGAAAAGCUUAAGAAUACUGAACUAACUGCAAGCUGCAAUAGGCUUUCAUUGGAGAACAAAGAACUAGCACAAGAAACAAGUGAUAUGGCUCAAGAACUCAAGAAACAUCAAGAAGAUAUUAAUGAUAGCAAAAAGCAAGAAGAAAGGAUGUUGAAACAAAUAGAAAAUCUGGAAGAAAGAGAAACACAAUUAAGGAAUGAACUGGAAUCUGUGAGAGAAGAACUAAAACAGAAAGGAGAUGAAGUUAAAUAUAAAUUGGACAAGAGUGAAGAAAAUGCUCGAAGCAUUGAAUGUGAAGUUUUAAAAAAAGACAAACAAAUGAAGAUAUUGGAAAACAAGUGUAACAAUUUAAGGAAACAAGUUGAAAAUAAAAGCAAGUAUGUCGAAGAACUCCAGCAGGAGAAUAAGGCCUUAAAGAAAAAGAGUACAGCAGAAAGCAAGCAACUGAAUGUUUACGAGAUGAAGGUCAGUAAAUUAGAGCUAGAACUAGAAGGUGCCAAACAAAAAUUUAGAGAAAUGACUGACAGCUAUCAAAAAGAAAUUGAGGACAAAAAGAUAUCAGAAGAAAAUCUUUUGGGAGAGGUUGAGAAAGCAAAAGUAAUAGCUGAUGAAGCAGUAAAAUUACAGAAAGAAAUUGAUAUACGAUGUCAACAUAAAAUAGCUGAAAUGGUAGCACUUAUGGAAAAGCAUAAGCACCAAUAUGAUAAAAUCGUUGAAGAAAGAGACUCAGAGUUAGGACUUUAUAAAAGCAAGGAACAAGAACAGUCAUCAAUGAAAGCAUCUUUGGAGAUUGAACUAUCCAAUCUCAAAAAUGAACUUUCAUCUGUCAAGAAACAACUUGAAAUAGAAAGAGAAGAAAAAGAAAAACUCAAAAGAGAGGCAAAAGAAAACACAGUUACUCUCAAAGAAAAAAAAGACAAGAAAAUACAGACAUCUUUAUUUGAAACACCUGAAACUAGUUAUCAGAAAUUUGAUUCUAAAGCAGCUCCUUCACAAAAUAUAUCUCGAAACUUCAUAUCAGCUGAUCAUGGAAAAUCCAAAGAUAAAAGAGAUUAUCUGUGGACAUCUGCCAAAAGUACUGUAUCUACACCAUUACCAAAGGCAUAUACUGUGAAGACACCAACGAAACUAAAAAUUCAGCAGAGAGAAAACAAGAAUGUACCCACUGAAGAAAGUAACAAAAAGAGAAAAAUGGUCUUUGAGUUUGAUUUUAAUUCGGAUAGUUCAGAAACUACUGAUCUUUUGACCAUGGUUUCAGAGGAAGAGACAUUAAAAAAACUAUGCAAGAAUAAUCCACCAACUUCUCAUCUUUGUGUCAGAACACCAAAACAGACCCCUUCGUCUCUAGCAAACCCUGGAUCUACGCUGAAGUUUGGAGCUAUGAGGAAAAUGCGAGAGGAUCGUUGGGCUGUAAUUGCUAAAAUGGAUAGGAAAAAAAAACUAAAGGAGGCAGAAAAGCUAUUUGUUUAAUUUCAGAAAAGCAUCAUGAUUAAGGAGCCUAAUAACAUUAAAUUUAUAGUUAAUUUUUUUAUUCUUAUUUUCUGAAGAGCCAAACUUGUUCUGAAAUUGGGACUUUUUUGGUAUUUGCAUAAGUUGUUUUUUUAUAUUUUAAUAUUUUGGCCUAAAUGUGAAAUAACCACAUAUUACCUGAAAACUUGUAAUUGUGUUCAGAUAAUUAGAUGAUUAUAUUUUGUUUUUACCUUUUCUUGUAUUCA